AUGUUUCUGUGCAGAGCCGGACACCACAACCCGCCGGACGCAGUUGUGCAAAUGCGCUUGGACGGCCUCAGAGGUGCGAUUGGGGGUCGGGUGCCACAAGGCGCCUGCGUCACGGGCUGGCCUUCUUUUUUAUUUUUUGUUGGGGAACCUAAAAGCAAACAGACUACCCGCCCGCACAUCCCCCGCCUCUGGCUGAGGGCGAGCCACGCCGCUGGGAGGUCCGCCGUUGCUGCGUGGCACCCUCUGAAGGCCACUCACGAGGCGCCGGCUUUCCUUGGCGUGCAUGCCAAUGCCUCAAUGCGUGCAGGUCCAACACUGCGCCUGGGGUUGUCAUUUGCCGGCGGCGUUCACCUGAAAUUUGGCGGCUCUGCUGCGGUGGAGGAUUCAUUGGAAAAGGUGGAGGGGCUGUUUCCCCUGGUGGGGCUUCGGGGGGCCUUUGGUGGCACAACCCAGCACACGCCGGUUGUUGACGAGGGCUUUACUGGAGCUCAGCGUCCCGCAAACCCUCAACCUCUCUGCAGAAGUCGUGCGUAA